AAUCUUGGAAGUUGGAACCGAAUAUUGUACUGAUCAGCCAAAGCCCCACCCCCACCGGACGAAGCCACAGCCACCACCACCGGCGGCUACCGCCCGAGGUGGGGGAAUCGGUGGUGGAGGCAACCAACCGAAGAAUUGGUGGAAGCGACCUCCGUAUCUCGGCAGAAUGGCGAUGCGGAGAAGUCUGCUGCAGUUCCAGGGGCUCCUCGCGCAGCAAGCCCUCCGCAGCGCCAUCCCAAAACCCCGACCCAUACCCAACCCCCACAGCCGCUUUCUCCGCUGCCCAUCCCCGUCCGCAGCCGCCUCCAGCUCCCCGUUGUCCCGCUUCCUAUGUCGCGGCUCCGGCAGCGCGGGGACGCUCCUGCCGAUGAGCGCAGCUGCCGUUGCGGCGGCCGCCAGGGCCGCCGCCGCACGGUGGCUGGCCGCGCGGGGUGCCGGAUCGCUUGAGCUCUUCUCGCUGCAGCGGAGGAGGUCCCCGGGCUGGCUCUCUUCGUCUUCCAACUUCCUCCGCGGCGCACCUUGGGCGCACUGGCUGCCAUCAGCGGACGGGAUGUUGCUGACGAUUAUCAGCACAAAUGUGGCGGUCUUCCUGAUCUGGCAACUGGCCGAUCCAAGUUUCAUGAUGGACCAUUUCACGGUUUCUCUGGACAAUCUGAAGAGUGGGCGGUUGCAUACAUUGCUCACGAGUGCCUUCAGCCACAGAGGGAAUGGUCACCUUUUGGGCAAUAUGAUAGGCCUCUACUUCUUCGGUUCAAGUAUUUCCAGCAUGUUUGGUCCUGCUUUUCUAUUGAAGUUGUACAUGGCAGGAGCGCUUGUCGGAUCCACCUUCUUCUUGCUAGAAAAAACUUAUACAUCUCCACCGAAACAGGCCUAUUUAGAAUGGGACAGUUCAAGAAAUUCCGCGCUUGGUGCAAGCGCUGCAGUUAAUGCCAUUGUGCUUCUUAAGAUUUUUCUCAAUCCAAAGGGACUAGUCUAUCUUUACUUCCUCAUUCCUGUUCCUGCUGCCUUAGUGGGGGCUGCUAUUAUUGGUUUUGAUCUGUUGAGGGUCAGCAAGGAACAAGGUCAGGCAUCAGGUUCUUCUCCUUUAGGGGGUACCCUGGUGGCCGCUCUUGUGUGGGCUCGAAUUAGGAAGGGCUGGAUCUGAUCGUGCAGCUUAUUCAUAUGGCAAUGAAUCCAACCACCUUCCCGCAGCUUUGUCCUCUUCGGUUGAAAUUUGUUGUUUUACUUGGCAAAGUUCAUGUGUGUCGGCUCGCAUGGCAAGCUACUUAUCAUCAAGUUUCUGAUCUAGAAGUCUUAAAUCAAAUUCUAGGUAGCGUGAUGGCCAACUGAUUUGCAGAUAUUUGCAAACUUAUCCUUGUACGGGCCAUCGUUAAACAUACCAGAACUAGAACUGCAAAAUCAAUCGCUAUACGUUGCUAGGCCAAAUUUGAGUGCAGAUAAUGACUGCCCGUGUGCCGUCAGAAAGCAGGAAAACCUGGGACGUCCUGGGAGUAAAGAUGGAUUAGUUUUAAGGCCGGGUCCUAUCCAUGGAUUUCUAAGAUUCUUAUUUCUUCUUGUUGUUA